CUCCCUCUAAAACCACUCAAAGUAUUCACAGGAACCAACCUGGGCUUGAACUUGGACCUGAACCCGAGCUUGAGCCUGAAACCAGCUGCGUGUGCUUACAGUGCAACUGCUUGAAGUUUUUUAUUUGUGGAUUCACAAAAAGAAGACAGUUAUCUAAGAAAGAGAUCCAUCAGGGACUUAGCACUGAACCCAGCUUUGUGUCCUUAAAGAGUGACUGGUGUGAAAGGUGUUCUAGUGGUUUUGAAAGACAAGAACUGUCUUCUGCAGAGAGAAAUAUGAUAAAAGAGAAGCAGAGGGAACCAUCAGCCAAAACAGCAUCAGCAGAGGAGGAGCUUGCCAGGGUACGGACAACCUUUGUGUGGAGGGUCUCACCAGAAAUUCUUAUACAGCUGCUUGAGGCCCUUGUAACAGAAAGUGUCUUCAAUGAUUUGGAGAAAGAAUCGAUAUUGGAGGGGAACCCUAUUAGAGCUGAUAAGGCACGUUGCUUUAUUGACACAGUGAGGAAAAAAGGAGACAAAGCAUGCAAGAUAAUGAUCAGACACCUUCAGACCAUAGAUCCUUCUCUCUUCUUUCAACUGCAUUUAUACUCUGAUCCAUCUGCUCUGCAAGAUGCUCUUCAGAAUUGUCAGCCUAAACUUAAGUCCAAACUGAAGAAGAAGUUCCAGUGUGUGUUUGAGGGGAUCGCUAAAGCAGGAAACCCAACCCUUCUGAAUCAGAUCUACACAGAGCUCUACAUCACAGAGGGAGGGACUGCAGAGGUCAAUGAUGAACAUGAGGUCAGACAGAUUGAAACAGCAUCCAGGAAACCAGACAGACCAGAAACAACAAUCAAACAAGAAGACAUCUUUAAAGACUCACCCGAAAAACAGGAACUAAUCAGAACAGUGCUGACAAAAGGAGUGGCUGGCAUUGGGAAAACAGUCAUAACACAGAAGUUCAGUCUCAACUGGGCUGAAGACAAAGCCAACCAGGACAUCCAGUUCAUAUUUCCAUUCACUUUUAGAGAGCUGAAUGUGCUAAAACAGAAAAAGUUAAGCUUGGUGGAACUUGUUCAUCACUUUUUUACUGAAACCAAAAAAGCAGGAAUCUGCAGCUUUGAAGACUUCCAGGUUAUGUUCAUCUUUGAUGGUCUCGAUGAGUGUCGCCCUCCCCUGGACUUCCACAACACUGAGAGUGUGACUGAUGUUACAGUGCCCACUGCAGUUAAUGUACUUCUCACAAACCUGAUCAGGGGGAAACUGCUUCCCUAUGCUCAUAUCUGGAUAACCACACGACCUGCAGCAGCUGAUCAGAUCCCCCCUGAGUAUGUUCACAGAGUGACAGAGGUCAGAGGGUUUACUGAUCCACAGAAGGAGGAGUACUUCAAGAAGAGAUUCAAAGAUGAGGAUCAGGCCAGCAGGAUCAUCUCCCACAUCAAGACAUCACGAAGCCUCCACAUCAUGUGCCACAUCCCAGUCUUCUCCUGGAUCACUGCUACAGUUCUGGAGGAUGUGCUGAAAACCAGAGAGGGAGGACAGCUGCCCAAGACCCUGACUGAGAUGUACAUCCACUUCCUCGUGGUUCAGGCCAAAGUGAAUAAGGUGAAGUAUGAUGGAGGAGCUGAGACAGAUCCACACUGGAGUCCAGAGACCAGGAAGAUGAUUGAAUCUCUGGGAAAACUGGCUUUUGAUCAGCUGCAGAAAGGAAACCUGAUCUUCUAUGAAUCAGACCUGACAGAGUGUGGCAUCGAUAUCAGAGCAGCCUCAGUGUACUCAGGAGUGUUCACACAGAUCUUUAAAGAGGAGAGAGGACUGUACCAGGACAAGGUGUUCUGCUUCAUCCAUCUGAGUGUUCAGGAGUUUCUGGCUGCUCUUCAUGUCCAUCUGACCUUCAUCAAGUCUGGACUCAAUCUGCUGGAAGAACAACAAAUAAUCUUCAAGUCUCAAAUAACAGAAUCUGCAGAGAAACACUUCUACCAGAGUGCUGUUAAUGAGGCCUUACGGAGUCCUAAUGGACACCUGGACUUGUUGCUCCGUUUCCUCCUGGGAUUUUCACUGCAGCCCAAUCAGACUCUGUUACGAGGCCUGUUGAAACAGAAAGGAAGUAGCUUACAGACUAAUCAGGACACUGCACUGUACAUCAAGGAGAAAAUCAGUGAGAAUCUGUCUGCAGAGAAAAGCAUCAAUCUGUUCCACUGUCUGAAUGAACUGAGUGAUCAUUCUCUAGUGGAGGAGAUCCAACAAUCCCUGAGAUCAGGAAGUCUCUCUACAGAUAAACUUUCUCCUGCUCAGUGGUCAGCUCUGGUCUUCAUCUUACUGUCAUCAGAAAAAGAUCUGAAUGUGUUUGACCUGAAGAAAUACUCAUCUUCAGAGGAGGCUCUUCUGAAGCUGCUGCCAGUGGUCAAAGCCUCCAACACAGCUCUAUUGAGCAGCUGUAACCUCUCAGGUAGAGUCUGUGAAGAUUUGUUGUCAGUUCUCAGCUCCCAGUCAUCUAGUCUGAGAGAGAUGGACCUGAGUACCAACAGCCUGAAAGAUUCAGGAGUAAUAAAGCUGUCUGCUGCAGUGGAUAGUCGACACUCUAAACUCGAAAUUCUCAGACUGAGUGUGUGUAACCUCCCCAAGAAAUGCUGUGAAUCUCUGUCUUCAGUUCUUAGCUCUCAAUCUUCAAGUCUGAAAGAGCUGGACCUGAGUAUCAACCACCUGCAGGAUUCAGGACUGCAACUUCUAUCUUCUGGACUGCAAAGUCUAAAUUGUAAACUGAAUACGCUGAGACUAAGUCAAUGCAACUUCUCAGAGAGAAGCUGUGAAGCUCUUUCCUUGGUUAUCAGCUCCCAAUCCUCUAGCCUGAGAGAGUUGGACCUGAGUAACUCUGACCUGCAGGAUUCAGGAGUGAAGUAUUUAUUUGUUGGACUGGAAAGUCCAAACUGUAAACUGGAAAUUCUCAGGUCAGUUUAAAAAUUUUCCAUCAAAGAUCAUUGAACACAUUAUGUUUAUAACUGAAUCAAUAGAUCAUCCUUAUAGAAGAUCGAUCGUCAGCUUUGCCUUUGGAUGGAUUAUUACCUUCUAAAUUACUGUCCUAUAUUUUUUCAUAGUGGAACGUUUUCAUAAUUUCUUCUGCUCUUUUUGAAAUUUAGUGCAGUUU